AUGGAUCCGGUGCUGCGGGGUGCGGCGAGCCUCGGUGGCGGCCAUGGCCAAGGUGGCACGGGAGGAGGAGGGGGAGGGGGAGGCGAGGCGCACUACAGGGGCGUGAGGAAGCGGCCGUGGGGACGGUACGCGGCCGAGAUCCGCGACCCGUGGAAGAAGACGCGGGUGUGGCUGGGCACCUUCGACACCCCCGUGGAGGCCGCCCUCGCCUACGACCGCGCCGCGCGAACCCUCCGCGGCGCCAAGGCCAAGACCAACUUCCCCGACCACGCCCACCACCACCACCACCGCCCGCCUAUGCAGCAGCCUGUUCCGUUCGGCGGCGUCGACCUCAACUUCCCUUCGCCGUGGCACUUCGUCUACUUCUCGCGGCCGCCGGCCGCGCCGGCGCCCCGUCUUCCGCAAGAAGCGUCUCCGGCGGUCUCCGUCCCGCCGUCGACGGCGCUCGAGCUCGGCGUGGCGCCCGGGCCCGCCGGCCUCCCGUUCGACCUCAACGAGCCGCCGUCGCUGCUGUUCGGGUCGUGA